CUGGCACCGGGUACAUCGCCACACUUUUUGCCACACCUGCAGGUCCCUUCCACGGACCAGCAGAGCCACAGUGGCCGUCUAUCCCCCUCCUCCUUCCCUUUCCCCUCUCUACUGGCCACCAACCCUGCCCGGCCCUCCCCCCUCACCCGCACCCUCCGUCCCCUCGCGGCAUUUCCACCCGCUGUCUCGCCCGCUCGUCUUGCCAUGGCCGCCCGCGCCGACUAUGACGCCGAGGACCUCAACCGCAAGACCUACGUCGUCGCCGUCAACCAGACAGACCGCGCCCUCACCGCCUUUGACUACAUCACAAAGUUCCUCUCGCGCGAGCGUGACAAGGUUGUCCUGCUGUACUGCUUGGAAAAGUCAGCGGCGACGCUGCGGGAGAUGCGGGAAAAGUUCGAGUUUCUGUCCGAGCUGGCUGGCCGGCUCCGCGAGCGGUCCAUCUCGCACCGGUGCUUUGUGAAGAAGGGCAAGGCCAAGAAGCUCAUUGUCGCCUUUGCCCGCGAGCUCAACGCCUCAGUCAUUGUCCUCGGCACACGCGCGCGCUCCAUGCUCAAGCGCUUUGUCCUGGGCUCGGUCUCGGCACAUGUCAUUGCCCACGCGCCGUGCUCGGUCCUGGCCGUCAUCGACAACAAGGUGACCCGCGCCAACCGCGAGGCCGGCACUCCGGCGACGGCCCGGAACUUUCUCUGCUACGUUGAUGGCUCGGACAUGGCCCACGCCGCGUUCAACAAGCUCGUCACUGAAGUCGCCGUGGCAGAUGACAAGGUCACCACCUUUUCACUCCUUCCGCUGGCAGCGUCAGCGUCAGGCUCCCCGCCGCGCUCGGCAGCCGCGGGAUCAGCCGCCAAACCUGGCGCCGCCGCCGCCGUCUCGGCCGUCGCCUCCGCCGCCACCACCUCGCCGAUCCCGGCCCCGUCCGGCGGCUCUCGCGCCCGCGCCUCAUCGAGCUCGUCAGUCGAGGCUGCUGCCGUCGCUGCGGUCGCCGAUGCUUCCGACGCUGCAGGGUCCAACGCCGGCCCCGCCCAUGCUUCCGCCGCGGCAGCCAGUGCUCCUGUCAACCCAGCACGUGCCAACGCGCCGCACACGCCUGAGCUCCUUUCGGAGCGCGAGAAGAUGCUCUCGAUGCGCCUGGCAACCUACGCAUCGUUUGCGCAGGCGUACCAGCUGCGGACCUCGGCCGUUGUCCUCGGCCAGGCCCGCCCGCUCGAGCGCGCUCUCCGCGCCGCCGCCAAGACAUACCAGGUCGACGGCCUCGUCCUCGGCGUGCCGGGCCCCGAGGCUGUCGAGGCCACUCCGCGCGACAAGGCGCUGGUUGACGUCGCCGUCGCAUGCGUGCAAAAGGCUGUUUGCAACGUCGUCCUCAUCGUCAAGUACGUCGAGCUCGACACCACCGCUUCCCGGUUCGACAUGGACCCACAGGGCGCACGCAUCCAUGCCCUCCGCGCCCGGGUCGCUCAACUCAACAGCAGCUGCCCGCCUCCGUCGUCCUCGGCAACAGACUCGGCCCCAGGCCCUGCCACACCGCCGCGGGUCAUCAUCCCGCCUCGCCGGAGAAAGCGUGCAACCUCGUUUGCCGAGCUCAUUUCCAAGGUCGAGUACGACGAGGACGAGCCGCCCGCCGCAGCCGGGGCCGCGUCGCCGUCGCGUGUUGCGGUCGCCGGCGUCCAUCCACUCCUCACGCCCAAGGCCUCCGGCUCGAUGGACCUGCCGACGCCGGUGACGCCAGCGGCAGGCCUGCAGUGGGACGAGGACUCUGGCGAAGGCAACUUUGUCGUCUCGUCAUCGUCCGAGUACACUGGUUCGUACUACUCGACGGCGUCAGACCUGCACAUCGGCUCAUCGCUCUCGCUCUCGACCUCCUCGCACGGCUCGGUUGACUCUGCAUUCCUUGACUUUUUGGAGGAUGUCGGCGCCGGCGACAAGCUCAUGACCUCCAUCCGCCGCAGAUCGUCGUCGUCGAUGUCGGACACCCUCUCGUCCGGCACCCUUCCGUCAGCGUCGAGCUCAUCCUCGGCCGCCGGCGAGAACAUCUCAUCAUCAGCCGCGCCCUCGUAGCAAACAUCUAUUUCUGCUGACCUGCCGUAGCACAUUGCAUGUGUUAAUGAAGCGACAAACAAGUUAGAAGAGCUCAAAGUCGUCAUCAACCUCGGCACCACCGUCCGAGUCCGAGUCAGAGUCGUCCUCGAUGACCG